AUGUCAACCGAUAUCUUAUUGGAUCAACCUCAUUUUGAUCAACAUCAACAUCAACAACAACAAUAUAGUAGUUUAGAAAAAGAACAACAACAACAAGAUCACCAACAACAAAAUAAUAAUAUGAUCAUGGAUACCGACGAUAUACACAAGCAGUUUGUCGAAGACAAUAACGUCACGAGCAGUAGCAGUGACGAGGAGUCCUCGAAUUCUUCCGGAGAGGACAUCUCUGACUCUGAGAUUAAUACCAAUGCAGCGGCUAGUGGUAUCACUCCAAAUGCAACCGCAACAUCUUCGUCAUCCUCCUCUGCUACCAACAACAGUAGUACUUCCAACAAUGGAAGAGUAUCACGUAGCAACAGUAAAACAUCUUCACACAAUCAUCACCAUCAUCAUCAUCAUCAUCACAAUCAUCAUAACAAACCAACCUAUAUAAAUCGUUCCAAUACAAAAUGUGUUAGAAAUCCAGUUACAUUGGUCGAGGAAUAUUCCUCUUCUUCCUUAUCAUCAUAUACCAAUAGUAGUUCACUGUCCACUGAAAAUAUCUUUAACAUCAUCAAAGAGAUAGAAGAUGUUGUCAACAGUUGUAAUAUAAUCGAAUUUAAUAAUAAUAAUAGUAAUAACAAUACUACAAACACCAACACCAAUAAUACCACCACCAACAACAACACAAGCAGUAGUAAUCUGGGCAACAGCAAUAAUAAUAUUGAAUCUUCAAUACCAGCUGACAGACCAGGUAGAAAACUAUCAAUAUCAGCAUCAUCACUACCUGUUGUAUUAAUACCGGGUUCGACUUCGAUUCCACCCAUUGCUCUGUCUGCAUCGGCACCAUCACUACCUCAAAGCGUCUCCACUACUACCACCACUACCACCCCCACCCCCACAACCACCGAAUGUAACGAUAUUACACCUAAAUCACCCUCAACAACCUCGACUACACCAAGCAAAAAGAACAGACUGUUUAAGUUUAAGAAAUCAAAUAAAUCAUCGACGCCCUCACCUGCUUUAUCACCACCAUCAACCUCAUCAUCAAUACCAAAGUCACCAAGCACGACAAGCAUCAACCCUUCAUCGUCUUCAUGCUCCUCAGACGAAGAGGAAGUAACAGACCAAUCAGCCACAACAACAACAACAACAGCAACAAAGAAAGAAAAGAAAAAGUGGAGAUUGUCUGUAAAGAAAAAACCAAAGAAAACACCCCCACCAAUUCCUCUGGAGUUGGAACAACAAGCUCCACCAGCAGCAUCAAAACCACAGCACGAUUCACUCAACCAAAGUCAUUCAAAUAUUAAAACAUCACAAUCAUCCACACAAAUUGCACCAACAAACCAACCAACUACCUCAACUUCAUCCUCCUCCACCACCACCACCACCACAACCACUGACAAUUUGUUUAAUAGUAAAAAUAAUGUAGAAAUUCAACCAGCAACCAACAAUCUUCCAUCGGAAGAAUUGGAAUCAAAUCACGAGAUCAAUAGUAAUAGUAACAACAAUGAAUCACCUUCACCUUCACCUUCACUUCUUUCGGCAUCGAUGCCACUCGCCUCCAACGGUGACAAUCCUUUACACUUUUAUUUGGAACCAGAGAAUAAUUUCAAGGGUAACAGCUUUGGUGGUCAAGGUCUGCUGGAUAUGUUGGCAGAGGAGGAAGAGAUGCCAAAGGGUGGUCGUGGUAGAAGUAAUGCAUUCUAUUUGAAGGGACCACCAUCGAUAGGUGCCAAUGGUGAGAUCCUGCCACCACCCUCUCUCAAUCCAAAACCACCAUCACCAAGAUCCACAGAGUCACUGGAUUCAAUCAACAAUGUCCUGCCGAAGGAAUCAUCUUCACUCUUGUCAAAGCCAAUUGGACUACUGAGUAAAUUUAAAAAGAGCAAGAACAGCCAAUCGAGUAAUGUGAAAUCACAUAGCGGACUCAAAGUUGUCAAGCAUCAUUCCUCACGUUUCAUCGUUGGUUUUGCCGAUACUAUCGGUCGUAGACCAAACAUGGAGGACGAGUCUGUCAUCUACGGUACUUUCAGAGGUCAUAUCGACGAGGAUUACUUUGCAUUGUUUGACGGACACGGUGGAAACGAUGUUGCCAAACUCGCCGCCACCGAUCUACACAAGCAUCUCGCUGAAAAACUCAAAGCAAAUCACAACCCAGUUAAAUCACUGAAAGAGUCGUUCGCUUCACUCCACAGAGCCAUUCAAGACAAGAACAUGCGAGGUGGUACGACAGCAGUUGUUGCACUCUUCCUUGGAAAGAAGGGUUAUGUUGCCAACGUUGGUGACAGUCGUGCUGUGUUGUGUCGUGACGGUGUAGCUGUGCGUGUCUCCAACGACCACAAGCCAAACGAUCCAAAGGAAGAAGAACGUAUCAAAGCACUGGGAGGUACUGUCGUCACCACCGUCAAUGCAUUCACAGGUGUCACUACCAGUCGUGUCAAUGGACAACUCGCAGUCUCAAGAGCACUUGGUGAUUUGCUAUUAGUUCCAUACGUUUCUUGUGAACCCGACAUCUUUGGACCAAUCAAUUUAGAGACACACAUCAAGAAUCAAUUCAUGAUCAUUGCAUGCGACGGUAUUUGGGAUGUGAUGUCAGACGAUGAAGCAAUCAGCAUAGUGGCACCAAUCUCUGAUCCAGAGAAAGCAUGUAUGAAAUUAAGAGAGAUUGCCUAUUCUAGAAGAAGUACCGACAACAUUUCCGUUAUGGUUAUAAAAUUCCCGCCAUUCAAUUUAGAUUAG